AUGGCGGCGGAAGCCGGCGGAGGAGAACCGCUAGUUAGGUUCGUCAAGCUGAGCGGGAGAGCGGCAGGCUCUAAGAAGAAAGUACGAUGGUUUCCCGUUAGGCGACUCUUCACUCACUCCUGUCCCAGCCUCAGGAUCCCUAGCAGGUUUUUAAGAGAAGGCCGCAGAUCGCCCCCAGCAAGGAGCGGACACCGCUGCGUGGCCGAUAACACUAACCUCUAUGUGUUUGGAGGGUAUAACCCAGACUACAAUGAAUCUGGAGGACCUGAAAAUGAAGAUUAUCCCCUCUUCAGAGAGCUUUGGCGGUACCAUUUUGCAACUGGGACAUGGCAUCAAAUGGGCACAGAUGGCUACAUGCCAAGAGAGCUUGCAUCCAUGUCAGUGGUUCUGCAUGGGUACAAUCUCCUGGUUUUUGGAGGCACCGGGAUCCCCUUUGGCGAGAGCAACGGGAAUGAUGUUCACGUCUGUAAUGUGAAGUACAAGAGGUGGGCUCUGCUCAGUUGCCGAGGGAAGAAACCCAACCGUAUAUAUGGACAGGCAAUGGCAAUUAUAAAUGGCUUCCUGUAUGUGUUUGGGGGAACCACCGGUUACAUUUACAGCACAGAUCUGCACCGAUUGGACCUUUCUACCCGGGAAUGGAUCCAACUGAAGCCAAACAACCCACCCUGUGAUCUACCUGAUGAGAGGUAUAGACACGAAAUUGCACAUGAUGGGCAGAGGCUGUAUGUUUUGGGUGGUGGUACUUCCUGGACUGCCUACUCCCUGGAUAAGAUCCACGCAUACAACUUUGAAACAAAUACCUGGGAGGACAUUCCUACUAAGCCACAUGAGAACUUAGGCUUUCCAGCGGCACGAAGAUGUCACAGCUGUGUCCAAAUAAAACAUGGUGAGUAUAUUGAAUGCAUGACGGGAUAAUUAGAUGCUAAAAGCAUGGUAUAUAGAUAUAUUUAUAUAGAUACCAAAAUUUGACUAACUAUCCAUUUACAAGUAGAUGAGUUUUUUGAGAGUAAUAUUGAUCAAUGCAAUGGAAUUUACAAAUUAUAUCUGAACCACAAGAUGGUUAAAAGGACAGAACGUGUUAUAGGCCUGAGUACAAGGGUCAUCAUCAU